CUAAGCCAGGUUACACAGUACAAUUCCAGAUUUUACUUAGUAUCUCACUAUUUUUUCGUAUAUUUUUUUACACAACAUUCAUUUUCCAAUAUUUUUAACGUUUUAACGCGUUAUGUCAGACCAAUCCACUUGUUCUGCCUCCAGGGGGGUAGGUCCUCCACUACACAAAAGAGCGCUGCGGGUGUGCUUCCUGCGGAACGGAGAUAGACACUUCAAGGGCGUUAAUAUGGUCGUCUCUCAAGCCCGUUUUAAGGACAUUUCGGCUCUGCUACAAGAAGUCACCGACUCUUUAAAACGCCAUGUGGUUUUGCGAUCAGCAAUCUCUAAUUUCCGCCGGACUGACGGAUCGCAUUUAAGAUCGCUGAGUUGUUUCAGCGAAACCGACAUUGUGAUUUGCUGCUGUAAGAAUGAAGAAAUAGUUAGUGUCAAUUACAGCAUCAACAAGGACUUCCAGCGAAUGGUGGAUUCUUGUCAACGUUGGCGCCAACGUCGGUCUGACAGUGGAACCCUGGAGUGCAUGAAGUCUCUCGACCUGCCCGAAGCCAUUCAGCUUUACAUUGAGAGCCAUAUAGAGCCCGUGGUGCAAAACACAAGGACGCUGAUAUAUCGCGGGAAAACCAGGGCCAGCAAGACCAAGUGCAUCGUGAAGAUGGUGAACAAGCAGACCCAGAGCAACGACUGCGGAGAUACCUAUAUGGAGGCGGAGGUGCUGCGGCAGCUUCAGUCGCAUCCAAACAUCAUCGAGCUGAUGUACACGGUUGAGGAUGAGUGCUAUAUGUACUUGGUUUUAGAGUACCUGGACUGUGACAUGCAGGAAGUGAUUCAGCAGCUCGGUAUCUUGUCGGAGGCGUGUGCCAGAUCGGUGAUGAGAUGCACUGUAUCGGCACUGGCGCAUAUGCACCAACUUCAGGUGAUUCAUCGGGACAUCAAGCCGGAGAAUCUGCGGGUCUGCUUUUCAUCCGGCCAGUGGAACUUUAAAAUGGUCAAAGUGGCGAACUUUGGCUUGGCCACUCACUAUCGUGGAAGCAAGUUGAACGUCCGUUGCGGCACUCCUUGCUACAUGGCACCCGAGAUGAUCGCAAUGUUGGGAUACGAUUAUCAGGUGGACUCCUGGUCGCUGGGAGUUACUCUGUUUUAUAUGCUAUGCGGUAAAAUACCCUUUGCUAGUGCCUGUGAAAAUGAGAAGAAUGUCUAUGCAGCGAUCAUGAGUGGUGGACCCACAUAUCCCAAGGACAUGAAAAGUGUCAUGAGUCCGGAGGCCACCCAGUUGAUCGACGGACUGCUAGUGAGCGACCCCAGCUAUCGUGUCCCCAUCGCUGAUCUCGGCCAGUAUCAGUUCUUGGCCCUAUAGCGCUGUUACAAAUUUCCAGUGUUAUCGGAUUGUUUAGAAUUUCAAUAAAUUUAAAUAGGUUCAAGUGAG